AUGUCGGUCGAUUUAGGACCGGAAUCAACCCAGUUGGACUUGCAGACAGGCGACAAAAAUGAGACCGAAAUCAAGGAAUCGCCCUCUGACAAGCAACCCUUGGAUAUGGAUCUCCGCUGUGAGAUUUGCAAAAAGUCCUACACCCGACCUGACCUACGAGAUCGUCACCGACGACGAUGCAUCACCAAAGCGGGCCAGGAACGCAAAUCCAAGCGGAAAUCCUGCGAUACCUGCGCGAAGAAGAAAAUUCGUUGCUCUUUAUCUCGUCCUUCUUGCCUGCGCUGCGCUCAGCUUAGAAUUCCAUGCCAGUAUCCCCAAUCUCCAUUUUCAGCGCGGAUUGCUGGCCAGGAAGAGCGAAUGAUGACAGGUCAGCCACAGCUGGCAGAACUCGGUGGGAUAAAUGAGCCAUCUGAUGCUAUGAGCAUGAUGGAUGUCUUGCCGACCACUACUCAUGCUCAGUCCCAGGUUCUGCAGGCCGGCCAUCCUCAAGAUCUCUCAGCACCUAUGUUCGCUUCUGGUGAUCCGUUAACUGCCCCUAUGUGGAAUGACUGCGACUUUUCGAAUUUGCAAUUUAUAGACCCUGCAUUGACCGAAGAAUUAUUGUCUUCCACCAAUGCAACGGGUAUUGCAUCCUUGCCAUCGACCGAUGCCAUUCCAGAUCUGUCGGAUUUCCAGUCGAACGGGAGCGAUUUCCUCAGCAACAUGGGUUCUCUACACCGCGGGCCCUUGUCGUCCGCUGAUCCACCGUCUGAUGGGCGUUCCAGUUCAGGACAUCCGUCAGCUACGCAGCAACAUGGAUUCAUUCCCGAAAAAGAAGUGAUCAGCCCACCUACCCUGACAGGGUCAUUGGGAUCGUCUUCACCCUCGAAUACAUCGUGGCGUGACAGUUCCACGGACGGAGAAUCUUCAAUGUCGGCAAAAUUGACCACUCGCCUUUAUAGCCCGGCCCAUCUUGUUUUCGCGCACUCAUUCAAGAUUGGAAUGGGACCGGACAUUCGUACCGACGCAAGCAGCCUCUGCCAGGAUAUGCUAGGCAAUCUUCGAGAGUACCCUGGACUCGUGCUGGAUCGGGAAUUCUGGUCCCCAUUCGUACAUCACCGCUUGUAUCGCUGUUCCUUAGGCGGAAUGGCAGAACCUAUGGCCAACGCGCUGGCCUGCGUGGGCGCAUAUGCCAGCUGCGCGGGUUCCAGUUUCGGGUUCGUCAAUCGAAUGAUUAACGAGGAGCGCGAAAAGCUGGUGCGCAAAUUCCACAGCUACACUGACACCCCUGAGCCGUGUCUGGCGGCCCUGCAUGCAGUCUGUAUUUAUCAGAUCAUGGGCUUGUUCGGAGACACAUUUGUACCGGCAGCCCAUAAGAAGCUGCUGGCCGAUGUCGAGGACGAGGAUCGGCGACGAGGAGAAUUCGAGAAGGAGGCAGAAUUGCAUAGCUCGUUCCUUCUUAAGAUGACCCGACACCUGUCCGUUCUGCAUGCUAAAACGCUGUACGUCCACCACGAAGAUGAAAAUGACUGGGAUCGGUGGAAGUUCAUGGAAUCCCUACGCCGGAAUAUGUUUUUUGUCCACAUCAUCAACAUUCUAGAGUCUAAAGCGCGGCAACUGAACGAGAACUAUUUCGAACCGCUUGGGGACGACCUGAUCCUCGGGAUUCCCUUACCGGCCCCUGAGCGCAUGUGGCGAGCCUGCAGCACCGAGGAGUGGUUCAUGGCUCGCGCCGAAACACUAGGCUCGGAGGGCGAUCCGACUGCUAGGCCACGGACUCUGCAGCAGCUGAGGCAGGCCGUGGAGAGACGUCAAGUCGACGUAUCAUCGUUGUUGCCUGUGACGCGCAUGAUCCUGGCGUCCGCAAUCAUUAUGCCCCCGAGGAGUGCGCUCUAG